UGUUUGUUUUGGUUUGUUUUUUUGAACGUUUGCCAUCGAUUGAAUAAUAACAAUAACAAAUGUUGAUUUGAGGCUUGUGUCAAACAGUUUCAUUCGAGACAUUAACAAAAAUGCUGCAAACAGCCAACAAGCUGAGCAACUGGUUAAAUACGCUUAGCCAGCGCACUUCUCGGCGCGCAUUGCAUGUGAAAAAACGUGAAAUUUAUCAGCAAUGCUUUCGGGUGCUGGGCGUCCAUGAGUCAGCGGAUCAGGAGACGGUGCGUCGCGCCUACUUGGAUCUGGUGAAGCGUGUCCAUCCGGAUGCGGAUACCGAGGAGGCAAGCAACGAACGCUUCCUGCAGGUGGACGAAGCCUUUCGCAUGCUGCAGGAGAAGUUCGCCAAGAGUCGUCGCAACAUCACCGACGACGAGGACGAUUCCCCGUUGGAGGAGGAGCAAAUGGAGUUCGACAUUAGGCAUACGGCGCCCCAGCAUCGUCAAUAUUUAUCGAACGAGGGCAUUGGCGUGGGCACGCCCAGCCAGCGCCAGAAACAAUACCAACAGGUGCGCGCCAUGAAAGCGCAGCAACGUGUGCUCGAGCAUCGCAUCGACAAGGCGGCAGCUGGCGAGGAUGCACUGAUGUGCAAGGGCAAGGGAGGCAGCUAUUAUGGCAAGCAUGCCAUCAAAACGAAAUAUGGCAUCGAUCGUGUUGUCGAGGAUCUCAUCCAGGAGGCCAUGUCCAAGGGCGAUUUCAAUAAUUUGCAUGGCGCUGGCAAGCCGCUGUCCGCGGCCCAAUCGCAGAAUCCCUAUUUGGAUUUCACCACCCACAAAUUGAACAAAAUAAUGUUGGACAAUGGUUUUACACCCGAAUGGAUAACGCUGGGUCGCGACAUCCGGGAGGCGGUCGCUCAGCUCAAGCAGCAGGUGCGCACGGAGCGCAUCUAUUACGGCGAAUGGCCUUUGACGCAAACCGACCAGUUGGCCGCCUGGCAAUCCUUUGUCCAGUCGCACACGGAGCAGGUGCAGCAGCUGAACAAACUGAUCGACAAGUACAACCUAAUUGUGCCCAUUCUGGAGAAUCAAUACUUUCGUCUGCGUCUCGACAAACUGGCCGAGCGCAUCUUCAUGGAUCCGCAUCUGCCACGCAACCAGAAGCGUCCCCAGCCCACUGGCCACAGCGGCAACAGCGCCCAGCCGGGUGAAAGGGGCUUCAUGGUCAAUCUCUUCUCCAUCUUUCUGUAGGGCAACGGAAUGUGAAAAUUUGUACAAUUUGUGAUAUUAGCCAAUUUGGGAUAUAUACUCCAAAAUAAAGAUUGUUAUGGGGAUUUGUUAUAGUUUAUAAUUUAUUUAUUUAAAGUGGUCUAAAAACAGUUCACAGUUUAAAUAAAGAAAAAAGAUUU